AUCCAUACUUGAUAAAAGAAAAAAUUGAAAAGUUCAUGUACAAACGAACCAUUCAUAAACUAAACCCAACCCAUAACGAAUUGGCCUUUUAUUUCAUCACCAGGCCAAGUUCAAAUUUUUUGCCUCCACAAUUUUUCUGUUACUCAUGAACCGCGCAAAACCCAUUUCGCGCCACCUGAGCACCACCGCGGCGCCGCGAAAACCACCGAUCUCCACCUUGGCCUCAGCCAAAGAGCUUCACGCACAUCUCAUCAGAACCCACCUCCACAAAGACCCAUCUUCAAUCUCCGACGUUCUCAGAUACUACGCACUAUCUCCACCAUACUUGAACAAAGCCCGUUUCGUCUUCAAUCAAAUCGAGCGACCCACAUUGAUGGUUUGGAACCUCAUGAUCCGUGGACUAUCACAGAGUGAAAAACCCAGUGAAGCAAUUCACAUGCAUAGCCGAAUGAGGCGAGAAGGAUUGGUUGGGAAUAAUUUGAGCUUUAUAUUCAUUUUCAAGGCCUGUGCUCGUGUUUCGGAUGUUGUAUCUGGCCAAAAGGCUCAAGCUUGUGUAGUGAAACUUGGGUUCGAAUCGUAUCUUUAUGUUUCUAAUGCUUUGGUUCAUAUGUAUACGAGUUGUGGUGAUUUGGGUUGCGCCCGGAACGUGUUUGAUGAAAUGCGUGAGAGGGAUUUGGUUUCGUGGAAUUCUUUGAUAUGUGGGUAUAGUCAGUGCAAUAGGUAUAAGGAGGUUUUGGGUCUUUUUGAGGCGAUGAAAGUAACGGAGAAUGUGAGGGCUGAUGCGGUGACGAUGGUGAAGGUUGUUUUGGCAUGUAUUCAGUUGGGUGAAUGGGAAAUUGCGGAUUGUAUGGUGAAGUAUGUGGAACAAAAUCAUGUUGGUGUUGAUGUUUACUUGGGGAAUACGAUGAUAGAUAUGUAUGGACGGCGUGGUUUGCCGCAUUUGGCUCGGGAAGUGUUUGAUUGGAUGCGUGAGAGGAAUGUAGUAUCAUGGAAUGCUAUGAUCAAUGGAUAUGCAAAAGUGGGGAACUUGGUGGAUUCAAGAAAGCUUUUUGAUAGGAUGCCAAGUAGGGAUGUGAUCUCUUGGACAUCCAUGAUCACCGGUUAUUCUCAAGCUAACCAACAUGCUGAGGCGGUGAGUCUUUUUCGUGAAAUGAUGGCAGCUAAUGUGAGGCCGGACAAAGUGACAGUGGCUAGUGUGCUUUCUGCUUGUGCGCAUGUGGGUUCACUUGAUGUGGGAGAGGCUGUGCACGAGUACAUCAGGAAGCAUAGAGUGAAAAAAGAUGUUUAUGUAGGGAACGCUUUGAUAGAUAUGUAUUGCAAAUGUGGGGUGGCUGAGAAGGCAUUGGCAGUGUUUCAAGGGAUGGAUAAGAAAGACUCGGUGUCAUGGACUUCAAUAAUUUCAGGCCUUGCGGUAAAUGGUUUUGCAGAUUCUGCUCAUGGAUUCUUCUCCCAGAUGUUGAGAGAAGGUAUUCAACCAACUCAUGGAACUUUUGUUGGGAUUCUAUUAGCUUGCGCUCAUGCUGGAUUAGUGGAUGAGGGAUUGGAAUAUUUCGAAAGCAUGGAAAAGGUUCAUGGACUAAUGCCAGAGAUGAAACACUACGGGUGCAUUGUGGAUCUUUUGAGCCGUUCUGGUAAAGUGGAGGAGGCAUAUGAGUUCAUGAAGAAUAUGCCUAUCGUUCCAGAUGUUGUAGUAUGGAGAAUUUUGCUGGGUGCUUGUCAAGUUCAUGGAAAUUUGGCCUUGGCUGAGAUUGUGUCAAACAAGCUUAUUGAAUUGGACCCUUCUAACAGUGGGAACUAUAUUCUCUCAUCAAAUAACUAUGCACUUUCACAUAGAUGGGAUGGCGUUGCGAAAAUGAGAGGAUUGAUGGACGAGAGCAACGUGCAAAAGCCAUUUGGUAGUAGCUCCAUUGAAAUUAAUGGUGCAUUAUCAAAUCACUUAUCUAAUACAUAGAGGGUCCUUAACGAUUCAUCAACAUUCAUAGAUGAAUGGUUAUUUGCAGUUGGAUUUCUUAUCUGAACCUGAUCACAUCACAAUGACUGCGAGCUGGUCUUGAAACAGAGACCAAAUACAAGCUCACGCCUGACGUUUGUAACAAGAGGAACUGCCGGCAAAGUUUUCGAGCUUUUGACAGCACAAGUUGUGAUGGAUUGAAGUUCUUAUCAGUUAUGAAAAAUGGGCUGGUUUUAGAAUUGGUGAAGGAAGCUUUUAUGAUGUCGGGUAGCUUAGCUGCGAUGUCGAAGAAACCUUGGUGACAUACAGAGAUAGAUGUAUACAUAAAAGAAUACCAAAAAUUGAACAUUGAAAAAAAAUUUCAGAAGCUGUGGCAUCUUGCAACGUGUUCGAUGACUUUCAGAAAUUUUAUUUGGAGGGAGACCAAUAGUUUGUAUAGGUUUUAAAUUUCGAAUUGAUUAUGCUCAUACAAAAUAGAGAAUGGCUUCCAUUUCCACCAAUUUCAACUUAGAUUGCAAGAGUCGCUCACAGAUUCGAAAUAUUUCGACCAAGUUAGUAAUCAAUUUUCACGUCACAAGAAUUGGACAAAUAGGUUAGUGGGCCAAUUUCACAUCAGUUAUUUUUCAUGAGAAUUCGUUAAAAAAAAUCUAAUCGGUCCAAUAACCUAUUUUAUGAAAAUGAACCAAUUUUUGUGACGUGGAAC